AUGAACACAAAUCGAAAUUUACAUUCAACAAAAGUGCUUACAGAAUUCGCGCGUGACUUUGACGAUGAAGAAGACACGGGAAUUCUCUCGCAAUUCGUAAAUAAAAUUAGUAAUAUUGUAAAUACCAAUUAUAAUACCUUGAGUGCGUAUCCAAGUACAUCGACAAAUGUAGGGAGUAACACUGAAAAUGCAAAUCCAGCAGAUUCGGUAGCUUCGCCGACUAAAGAACAGGCAGAAAAUGUGAAAGAAAGCCCAGUGACAAGUAAACAACCUGAGAAACCGGAUGAAUUGCCAUUAGAUGAAAAUGUUGGAAGAACUCCUUUGAACGUCAUUCAACGGAUAAGCAACUUGAUAGCGCAAAAAGAUAACAAUCUCCAUAACUAUAAAGACACCGAUCUCCACAAAUUCUGGAUGCCCGAUUCCAAGUCAAAAGAAUGUUACGAGUGUUCCCAAAAGUUCACAACUUUCCGUCGGAAGCAUCAUUGCCGCUUGUGUGGUCAAAUUUUCUGUUCCAAAUGCUGCAACCAAGUCGUUCCGGGAAAAAUUAUCAAAUGUUCGGGCGACUUGAAGGUCUGCACUUAUUGCUCGAAAGUCGUUUUGAGUUAUUUGAAGUCUCCCGACAUCACUGCCGACCUAAAAUCCGAUCUUCAAGCCUUGCAAGCGGAUUUAGCAACAAAAUUCAGUGCAUCCAAUUUGUCAGGAGCAUCUUCAAAUAAUCUCGUGCCCGAAGACACUUCGCAUCAUCGACAUCGCAAAAUUUCCGUCGGGUAUCACGAAGAACGGCUAAUUUCCAGUCCGAAUUUGACGCAUGCUGAUCGGCGAAAUAUUUUGCAGCAAUCGAAUACCAUCAAAACGUUGUACGACGAAAUGAUGAAAGCCCUUCCGCAAGUCAAUCGAGGGCGAGAUUUGAUGAAUUUUCUGCAUAAAACGGGCGAUAAUGAAGCAAGUACGGUUGCGAUUUUGAAUGCGUUCAUCGAAGCGGGUUAUUUGAUGCCUUUGGUGUUGGAAGAAGGAGAUGUCACGCCAUCGGAGAAGCCUGUGGAUGCAACGGGAGCAUUUCCGACCUUUAAUGAGAACCAAAAUUAUAAAUUGUUGAAUAUUGGAGUGUCGACAGUUGAUGCUGACGGGAAUUAUUUGUACUCGAGGAAGUCACUUUCGACCACGAGUGAGGAAGGAACAGCGCAAAUGUCGCCGGAUUCGUCGUUGUACAACGUCGCGAAGGAUUUCGAAGCGCAAGACUCUAUUUUGUCGAGUGCGGGAGCGAAGCCGUUGACGGAAGCGUUUUGCGAGCACGAGGAACAGCUGUUGGCGCAACUUUUACGCAAAGAACACCUCGACGCCGCAACCUGGUCCAAAAUCCUCAUCCAAAUAAGCGUUCGUGUCGCCAACCAAAUUCGUCCCGAAACCGUUUGCUUCGAUUCCAUGGAUAUCCGCAACUUUAUCAACAUCAAAAAAAUUUCCGCAGGCACUCCAAGCGACAGUUGCAUCAUCGGGGGCGUCGUUUUCAGCAAAAAUGUCACACACAAAGACAUGGCAACUCACAUCGAGAAACCCCGGAUCCUCCUUUUGCAAUGCCCGAUCUUAUACCAACGCGUCGAAGGCAAAUUCGUCACUUUGGACAACUUGAUGAUGCAAGAACGCGAAAGUUUACGCAACGUUACGCUCCGCAUCCAAAGCUGGGGUCCAAAUAUCGUCUUGGUUCACAAAAGUGUCGCGGGAAUCGCGCAAGAAAUGCUCCGUGACAAAGGAAUAACGCUCGUGCUCGACGUAAAAAUGUCAAUUUUGGAACGACUGGCGCGAACUUUUCAAUGUGACAUCGUGACGUCGAUCGAUUCGAACAUCAAACACCCGAAAUUGGGCGUUUGCGACGCUUUUUACCGCAAAACGUACUCCGACACGAACGGAAUUUCGAAAUCUUUGAUGUUUUUCGAGAAGCGAUACGAAAAUUCACGUGGUUGUUGCGUUCUUUUACGAGGAGCUCCGAUUGCGGAACUCACAAAAAUCAAAAAAGUCGUGUCAACGAUGAUUUUCGCCCGUUACAAUUGGAAACGUGAGAUUUCUUUCCUCGUAAAUGAGUUUGCGAGACCUCCAUCGCCCAAACACAAGUACUUUGAGUCCCCCAAAAGCCCGGAUUCGGAAGGAAAAGGCAUCGAAACCCAUUUGGAUGAGGCUAAAAACGACCGAGAAUUCAUAAAAUCGCAGAAAAAUAUCACCGGAAGUGCCGUGGAAGACUUUUCAGACCCCCUGAGGGCGGAUUUGACACCAAAUUUGGACGACUCCAGUUCAAAACUUCAUUUGGAAGUGCAAACCACGUACGAUAAUCGCCUCAGAAAUGCUCUUUCUUCGACAAUUUUGUCAAUAAGUCCUCAUAUGACCUUCCCUCUGCCCUAUUUAGAGACCGAAAUCGGCAGAAAUUGCGAAUUGCGACAACGUUUCCCCGAUGAACUUUUUUAUUCGAAGCAAUGGUCAACGACUCCGGUGCGAGAAAAUGUCGUCGAAAUCGUGGAUGACGAAGAAAAUUUGGUAAUUUUGAAGCCGCCGCAUGAAUAUGUGACACAUCAAGUGACAGCCCCAGCAGAAAGUAAAGAAGAACAAGAUUUACUCGCGAAUUUCCGGAUGAAAGGCGGUCGAUAUCCAAAGCGGAUGACUAUGCGCAUCAUCAAUAAGAAGUCAAAUCAGGGAAUUCGAGGCACGGGAACGUCAAUUGAGGAUCAUAUUUACAAAGACGCCCUCGAUUUGGAGAAUCAUCAACGACUUCCGGUGCUUUUUUACAGUUUUUACAGUUCGGCAAAGGCCACAUCGUCAUUUUGUUACCUUCCAUAUAUGCUGGAGAUGCAUUUUUAUGGGCAGAAUGACAUCAUGUUCGGGCUUUUCUUGCAGAAAUAUUGCUUCAGGAGUCCCUGUAUUUGUCCGUCGUGUAAUUUGCCGAUGAUUGAUCACGUGAGACGUUAUGUGCAUUCCAUGGGAUGUGUGCAGAUUAAGAUUCGAGAAGAUAAAAGAUAUGAGGGAAGUGAUAAAAUUAUGAUGACGUCUUUUUGCACGAUUUGUAAUGAAACGACGCCGACAGUUCCGAUUUCGGAUGAUUCGUGGUGUUUGUCAUUAGCGAAAUAUUUGGAGUUGAGGUUUCAUGGACAUGGGUAUCGGAGGAAUUAUUUGAAGGAAACCCCCUCCGACGACCAAAAACCUGUUUGCAAACAUUCCAUCCAUCGCGACUACGUUCAAUACUUCGCCAGUAACGGCUUCGGAGCAAGUAUCUCUUACGAACCCAUCGAAAUUUGGGAAAUCGCUCUCCCGAAAAUGCAAUUGCAACUCAAACACUUGAAAGAAUUCGAAAAACAGCAAGUUCUCGACGACAUCAAAGCCUUUGCGAUUCGCGGUUACGACGUUUACGCCAACAUUCACGACCAAAUUGCCGACAUUUCGCCCGAAAUCGAGCAUCCCGUACUGAACAACCUGAAAAUGCUGCUGAACGAGGAACAGGUAAAGUUCAAAUCGAAAGUCGAGCAAGUCCAAACGUUGCUAACGGAAGUAAAUUUGAACACUUAUGACAUUAACGACGCGAUGCUGAUGGUGAAACGUACUUUAUGCGAAAGUAUCGAGCAAUGGGGACCUCGUUUGCGUGAAGCGGCGUUAGCAUCAAAGGCUGUGACACAACAAAAAAGCGACCAAAUGAUCGACAAUGCGACAAUUUGCACCGAAGAAUCGACGCCGGACAGUAAAAGUGUCGGAAGUGACGACAGCGAGACAAUUUCUGAUGAAAUUCCGGUCGAAGCGGGGGCGAAAGAUGAGGCAGACACGAUUUUUCGACAAAAAGUCAAUUCGGUUGAUAGUCGAACGAAUAUGGAACCAGCUUCAACGACGUCAGCGAACCCCGAAAACACGGAAAAAAAGAAAAUUAUUCGACUUUUAGCGGAAUUCUUGAAGCCGAACAGCGACGUGAACAUUCUUCAGUCGCCAAUUCCGCAAAGUGAGCAUCACACCUUACCGUUGGGACUUUUUCCAAUCCUCGUACAUGACCAAGACUUGUCCUCAAUAAUCGCUUAUAGCAUAAUUUCGCAUGAAUAUCGCAAAGGAAUCGAAAAUUUGAACGCUUUGACGUCAGAAAAUAAUUCCAGCCCGAGCAUGAAGCGAAAAAUCGACUCAAUUUCCGAAGCAGAAGCCUCUGAAACGACUCAAAACUCAAAAUCUGAGAAAAAAUCCACGUCGCACAUCGAUAUUUCGUUCCAGGACUCCACGACGUCAUUUAAUUGCAAAAUUUAUUAUGCCCGAGAAUUCGACGCGUUACGCCUGAACUUCCUUUAUUCGCCUUUUCAAGCAACGACGAAGCCAAAAUUCGUCGGAAACGUUAAGGAAGCCGCCCUUUCGGAGGAUUGUGAGGAAAAUCGCAAGGCUUUUGCCCGAAGUUUGUGUCGCAGUGUCGAAUGGAAGGCCCGAGGAGGGAAAAGUGGCUCGAAAUUCAGCAAAACGAUAGAUGAUCAAUUCGUGCUGAAGGAAAUGUCGAAGACGGAUGUUGCUAUUUUCGAGAAUUUUGCUCCGAAUUACUUUGAGUACAUCAAUCAGUGUUUGACGCAGAAGAAACCGACGCUGUUGGCGAAGAUUUUUGGCGUUUAUAAAAUUAUGGUCAAGAAAAAGGAUCACGUCUCGGAAAAAGCAAUUUUAGUCAUGGAAAAUCUCUUUGUCAAUCGCGAAAUUUCGAAUAAAUUCGAUUUGAAAGGAUCAGAAAGGAAUCGUCUCGUGGAUACAACGAAUUUUACGCGAGAAACUGUCUUUUUGGAUGAAAAUUUGAUACAAAUGUCUUGGAACAAGCCGUUGUAUAUUUUGACGCAUUCGAGUACAAUUCUGAAAGAAGCAAUUAAUCGAGAUUCUUCGUUUUUGGAGAAAAAUGGCGUGAUGGAUUAUUCCUUGUUAGUUGGAUUGGAUGCAAAAGAGAAAUUACUCGUGCUUGGGAUGAUAGAUUAUAUCAGAACUUUUACGUUCGAUAAGCGGAUUGAGUCGGCAUUGAAGUCUUCCGUCAGUAGCAAGUUGCCAACUGUGGUGUCUCCCAAAGUUUACAAGCAGAGAUUUGCUGAAGCGAUGGAAAAAUAUUUUCCAUUCGUGCCUGAUCGCUGGGAAGGUCUUUCAAAGAAAUAAUUCAACUUUUUACUUACUUGGAACACGCACUUAUGAUACUUUACCCUUAUUCCACACCUGUAUGCUUACCAAAAUUAACACUGCUUAUACUUUCUGAUGUCUAACCAAAAAAAUAUCAAAGAGAAAAAAUAAUAAAAAUGUAAAAAAAAUUAUUGUUCAUCAUAUAUAUUUGUAUAUUUGACCAAAAAAUAUGUGCAUUUUUAUAAAUGAGUGAAGGUGAGGAGCUAAAAAACGAAGUUUUCGACGAUUUUUGGGAAGUUCUACGGAUUUCUAAUGUUUGA